AUGACUGACAGGAAGGCAGUAAUCAAGAAUGCUGACAUGUCGGAGGACAUGCAGCAGGACGCAGUGGACUGUGCUACCCAGGCCAUGGAGAAAUACAAUAUAGAAAAGGACAUUGCAGCCUACAUAAAGAAGGUGAGAUGUGCAUACUGUAGUAUCAUACCCAGUCAGGCCUGCUGCCUUUGGACUAUGUAUUCCAAUUAUAGUGAUGUCUUUAAACUGUUUAAAAUAGGACAACCAGGCUGCAAGAUGUGCAUGCCAUGAGGUCAUUUUCUUCCUCAUUCAGUCAUGGAUUACUAAAGCCAUUAUAUAUUUUUAACCCUAUAGGAAUUUGACAAGAAGUAUAACCCUACAUGGCAUUGCAUUGUUGGAAGGAACUUCGGCAGCUACGUCACUCAUGAGACGAAGCAUUUCAUCUACUUCUACUUGGGGCAGGUGGCCAUCCUCCUCUUCAAGUCUGGCUGA